AUGUACCGGCAAAUCUGGAUUGCGCCGUUCCAGACGUGCUUUCUUCGAAUUUUUUGGAGAACCAACUCAGCUGACCCUCUGCGCGUACUUGAAUUGACAACCGUCACGUAUGGUACUGCGUCCGCUCCAUUUCUAGCUACACGAUGCUUGGUUCAGCUUUGUGAAGAUGAAGGUGCAAAGUUUCCAAUGGCAGCUCAAAUUAUUCUAGAAGAUUGUUACGUUGACGACAUCCUAUCUGGAACCGACAGUUCAGAAAAGGCUAUUGAUUGCAUCAACCAAAUACAAGGCUUACUACGAUGUGGAGGAUUUCCUGUUCAUAAGUGGUGUUGCAACGAUCCGACUGUAUUACAACACAUUCCUGAUUGCGAUCGUGAGAAACUAGUAUAUCUCGAUCCAUCAUCCGAUGAUGGAGUGAUUAAAGCGCUGGGAAUAAUUUGGAGUCCCGGAGAAGAUGAAUUCCGAUUUCAAGCCAUUCAAUAUACUGAACAAAACAUCACAAAGCGUCGUGUGCUGUCCGAAAUAGGAAAACUGUUCGAUCCACUAGGACUCCUAUCACCGGUAAUAGUGAUUGCAAAACUGUUAAUGCAGCAGCUGUGGGCCGCUGGUGUUUCUUGGGAUGAUAACCUCAAUGGAGAUUUGCUUUCUUCCUGGCUACAAUUUCAGCGAUCUCUGCCGGAAGUAAGAAAUAUUGCAAUACCACGUAACGUUUUUCUCUCAGAAUCCAUUGCUCUCGAAGUCCAUGGAUUUUGUGACGCUUCGACUGUGGCUUAUGGUGCUGCUGUAUACGUUCGAAAUAUUCUUUCGAAUAAUACUGCUAUUCUCAGGCUUUGGUGCAGUAAAUCCAAAGUUGCUCCAAUGAAAGAAUUGAGUAUUCCACGCAAGGAAUUGCUCGCCGCCAGAUUGCUUUCCAAGCUCAUCGUCAAAGUUCUUCAAGCAUCCAAACGUCAAUUUCGAGAAGUAGUCCUUUGGUCAGACAAUCAAAUUGUGUUAGCCUGGCUCAAAAAACCGUUGGCCAUGCUUCAAGUUUUUGUUCGCAAUCGCGUAGCUGAAAUUCUGCAAGAGACGGGAAGAUUUCAAUGGAAGUAUGUGCCAUCAAAGGACAACCCCGCAGAUAUUAUAUCACGUGGACAGUUUCCAGCAGCAUUGAAAAUCAACGAUUUGUGGUGGAAUGCUCCAGCAUUUUUACGAGUAGUGGACUAUCAAAUUGAAACACCUGAUGAGUUACCAGAUAGUCACAUUCCUGAGUUAAAGCAGAGUAAAAUUGUUGUAGCCGUCGCUUACAAUCAAGAUGAGCUGCAAUUAUUUUCCAAAUUUAGCUCAUUUCGUAAAAUGCAACGAGUCGUUGCAUAUGUUCUACGUUUCAUCAAUAACUGCAAAAAGAACGAUAGUCGACAGCGAAAGUAUCAGCCCUAUCUUACUAUCGAAGAACUCCGAUUGGCACUAAAUCUCAUUCUCAAGGUAGUACAACAUGAGGUUUUGGCUGAUGAAAUAGUGCAUAUACAGAACGAUGAACCAAGCAAACGUUUGAGCACAUUAGCACCAUUCUACAAGGAUGGUCUCCUACGAGUAGGAGGUAGAUUGCAGCAAUCUAAGCUUCCGAUCGAUUGCCAACAUCAGAUAAUUCUCCCUAAACAUGCAAUUACCGACAAGAUAAUUCGAGCAUAUCACAUUGAAAAUCUUCAUGUUGGGCCAUCUAUGCUACUAGCGACCUUGCGGACAAAAUUUUGGUUACUCGAUGGCCGGUCUUCCAUCCGCAAGAUAACAAGAACUUGUGUCACCUGUUUCCGUGCCAGACCAAAGCAAUCAAGUCAGCAAAUGGGUCAACUACCCGCCUUUCGAGUUGUACCAUCACACCCAUUCGAGGUUACCGGCGUCGACUAUGCGGGACCAAUUCUGGUGAAAUACGGCACCCGAAAACCGCAAAUUAAAAAAGCUUAUUUUGCAGUCUUUGUUUGCAUGACAACGAAAGCCAUCCACCUAGAGCUAGUGUCGGAUAUGACAACUGCAGCAUUUUUAGCAGCUCUUCAUCGUUUCGUCAGUCGGAGAGGAUUACCACGAGAGAUCCAUUCCGAUAAUGGAUCCAACUUCAAAGGAGCAAGGUCUGAACUUCAUGAGCUGUUUCUACUGUUUAAUGACCGAACCACCGUCAGUCAGAUCGCCGAGUAUUGUCAACCGAGAGAGAUAUCUUGGAAUUUCAUUCCUCCUGAAGCUCCCAACUUUGGUGGCCUUUGGGAGGCAGCAGUUAAGAGUACCAAGUAUCAUCUAAAGCGUACCUUGAAACACGCUUUGCUUACCUUUGAGGAGUACGCAACAGUCUUAAGCCAAGUGGAAGCUGUAUUGAACUCUAGACCGUUAUUUACACAGUCAACAAACCCAAAUGAUCCAGAGGUUCUAACACCGGGUCAUUUUUUGAUUGGUCGACCACUGGUUGCAGUCCCACAGCCGUCUUCCGAGGGAGUAGCUAUCAAUAGACUAUCACGAUGGCAAUAUUUGCAACGAUUACGAGAUGAUUUCUGGAAGGUAUGGAAGCGAGACUACCUUUUAGGCCUUCAACCAAGAGGAAAGAACCGUAAUUCCUCUCCGAACAUUCAACCUGGAAUGGUGGUAAUUUUAGAAGACAAAGAUUCUCCACCUCAAUCCUGGAAACUUGGACGUGUAAUGCGAACUUAUCCUGGACCGGACGGGUUAGUGAGAACUGCCGACAUUAAAUUAGGAGAUUCGAUUUUGAGACGUCCCACAUCGAAGCUAUCCAUUCUUCCGAUUGAGGACAACCGAUUUGCUUAUCCUGAACAUCAAAAUAAUUCUGGGAGUUCAUCCCAGCCCGGGGGAGUAUGUUAG